AUGAAUGGCGCAUCAACUUCUGGAAAAGAUCCCAGAAGUAGCGAUGAAGCUCUUCGGCCAAAAGGAAGAAUAGUCACCAGAAUAAGAGAUAACUCUGAAUUUCACAAUAUUUUAAACGCUAAGCAAUUACAAUUUAAUAAAAAUUGGCUUAUCGAUAAUUUUGCACGCACAUCUUACGUUUUCAUACCUAAUUCUAUGACAUCGCAAGAUAGUGUAAAAGUCCCAACCUAUUUUAACGAAUCUAAUCUAUUUCCAGGAGAAACUGAACCAGGAAGUAUAGAUCCAGAGCAGGUUAAAAUGUUCCUUGGCCAAGGAAAAAUAGAUAGCAAUAAUUUUACUUUGAUUAAAGACACAAUUCCAAAUACUAUUCAAUAUUAUGACCAAAAAAUGAAGAGAUUACCAAACUUACGCUUUAAAAACUUAGUACAGCUCACUAUAGGCACAUUUCCGAAUAAUUUUAACUCCCAGUACGGCUACAUUGCGAUUUUUGAUCCAACAACGUUAAAAAUUGUCAGUGCAGCCAUGCCAUUCCUCAUUGUCGGCCAAAUAGCUAAGUUCCCACAGACAGAGCAAGAUUCUAUUUACUUCCCAUUCACCAAAGAUCUUAGAAAUUAUCAUCUUCUUUUCGUUAUUUACGGAACAACCGAAACAUCAUACAAACAUCAAACAAUGAUUGCUAUGAACUCAUUCCCGUUUUGCGAAAAGGGCAAUUUCAUUUCAAGAACAACAUUUCCGAUCAAAUUCAUCAACAUAAUCGAUAAUUCAUUCGAAGAAACAUUGAAAGCUUUGGUCGACAGAUCGAGAGCUACAGAAUCCGAUGCAACAAUCGAAUUCGAGAUCAAAAAAUUACCUGCUCAAGACCAAAAGUCCAGCAUUUGCUAUCCAUGGUCAAUCGAUUACAACGGAAUGCUUGUUGUUAAUAUACUUAAGCAUCCUUCCGUUAUUCCAUCUCCAUUUAUUCUUUUGUCAAAUAUCAAAAUUUCAUGGAAGCCAAGCCCUCGCUACACUCAUUUCUGCUUCAAAGCGUACUACUUCCAGAAUACAGAUUCUAUCGGUACUCCGCCAGGAGUUGCUGCCAUGUUGAAUCAGCAAAAUUCGAAGUAUGAUCCAUGUUUCGAAUCAACGAUACUUCCUGUGAGUGCAGAAAUGUCCUUCCCAGACGUUGUACAGAUCGCUAUUGGCAACCAUGAACCUUGCCAGACAUCUCAUAUUAUUCUUUACGUUUACGGCUACGGUCCUAAGGAUUUGAACGGCACUGUCACAGCCAUUGUUGUUCUCCCGAUGUUUGUGGACGGAAUUCCAAUCCCAUCCGGAGAAAAUUACUUUGCCUAUCACGAAUCUAAGAAAUUAUCCAAGAACUACUUCAAGAAACCAAAGGGCCACAUCAAAGACCCCAAGAAUCCUGGCAAAACUUUCAUGAAAUGCGACGUUUUGUUACCACAUGCUUUCUUUGUACCGACAAAACUACUUUUCUACAAAGAUGCUGAUUUCUCAACAAUCUCCAAACAAUCACUAAUCGAAAACGUCCUACCUUUGAUCGUCAAAUUCUUCGCUUCAGAUGAUAUUGCGGAUUACAAGAAAUUCUACGACCUCUUCCGCUAUAUCGGAGUUAACGAAAAUGUUUUGAACGACAUUUACAAAUGGCUUUACGACGGUUUCGAUCCGAAAUCCCUCGACAAUGAAGGAAAAGAAUCAUCCUACGUCAAAAUCUGCGAGAACUUCUCACAGAUCAUCGAGGAAGGCCUCACACUCAAGGAUGAUAACGAUGAGCUCUUCGAUUUCCUCAAAACCUCUGAGAUGGUCGUUCCAAUUAUUUUGACAGCCGCAAUGGUCUGUCUCCACUAUCCGAUGAACAAGAAAUACAACGAAGCUCACUUCGUCAAGCUCGCUACUUCCGUCUGCAAGCUCAUUGCCAAGCAUAUGAACAUUGUCAGAGAAUAUCCACCGUAUGAGCGACCAAAGAAGCUCAAGAAAGGCGAGGAAUUCAAGAAACCACCACCAAAAGUCAGAGAUCUUGAUGCAAAGUUCCUCCAAUCCGGAGUAAUUAAAAUGAUCGACUCAUUAGCCGAAACAAUCCUUAACUGCAUCUCAUUCCUCUCCAGUACAGCUAUUUAUACCAUUACAGUCGGUUACAUCAAGUCAGUUAACUACGAAGCGAACUUUUCCAACGAAUUACGAAACAUGGUCUACAUACAGAUCAGAUUCCUUUCAAAGAUCACUUCAUCCAAGCUCUUUACACGUUCAUUUGCCAUUGAAGCACCAUUGCAGAAGGAAUACAAAGCCACAUACGUUCCUUACAACUAUUUCAUCUCCACGUUGUUCAAGGAUUUCAUGCUUGCAUUCGCCAUGGAUUCAACAUUCAUCAUCGAUGCAGUUUCUGCCAUUUUCAUACAGAUUGUUUUAUCUGCUGAAGAACUAGAUCCAGAGAUUCGGCAUCGUGCAGCUGUAGCAAUUCUUCCUCUUCUCAACUUGUUGUAUGAGAAUUUCAACAACCACAAGAUCAAGCAGAAUCCAGAUCUCCAGUACAAAUACAUUCUUUGUACAAUGUUUAUUUUCGGUGCUGCUCCUGUUGAAGCUUCCAUUUACUUCUAUGGAUUGGAAACGACAUUUAAACUGAAAUUCCUCAAUUUCAUGAUCUACUGCGGGAAUAUAAUGGUUGAGAAAGGCCGUGAGAGUCCUGAAAUGCUUCACGUGUUUGUUAAUUACAGCCAGAAUGUCCUUUUAUUCCUUUCUUACGCUGCAAGAUAUUCUCGCAAUGUUUAUCAGGAAUUUGUAAAUUUGAUGUUAGUUUUUACAAAUGAGUUACAACCAUCAAUUACAUUGAUUGACAACCAAACAUGCUUUAUAUCAUAUAACAUGUUAUUGAUCAACAAUGUAUUGAAGAGAGUCAUCAAGGAACAAACACUUUACGCCGUAACUUGUAAAUGGAUUUUGCCAUUGACGCAAAGAAAACAACACUUUUACAGAGAAUUCGUUGCAGCGUCACUUUUCCAGAUUUACAAGGAAGACUACAGGAAAACAGGUAAACAACAACCAGAAGAUUACGCAAGGCCAAUUAAAAACAACAUCACGCUGAGUUCCGUUGAAACUCUCGACUCUUUGACGAAUACGAUGUUUAAUUUAACUGAUGAACAAUAUACGAUCAAUUAUAUUAAUUUGGUGAGAUCUCUUAAGAUUGAUCAGAGUCCUUUCAUUGAUCCUACACUCCAGAAGAAGAUAACUGAACGUGCAAAGAACGCGGAAGUUGUUUUCGCUUGCAUUUUGGAGCAAAAGAAAUCAACACUUCCUCCUGACCAAUUAGCAAGAUCAAUCAUGAGAAUUGCUGACGAAUACAAGGACUUGCCAUCAAUGAGAAUGCAAUGGCUGCAGCAGAUCGUCAGAAAGAACAAAGAAGCACAUGAUUUGAUCUCAGCUUUCAUCGCUCAAAUUCAUGUCGUGGCUUUGAGUUGUCAUGUUUUCCAGUCAAGAUACAAUUUGGAGAACGAUAAAGAUUUUUAUUUGACAACACGUAUGAAAUCACCUGAUCAGAAAUCAGAUGACAGUGUUACCAAAUGGAACUUGUUAUUUACUCAGCCAAGGAAACAAGAUAUCGAGAAUGAAAUCAAAGAUUUCUAUUUCGAUAUGAGUGAUUUCGAUUUUUCACCUGAUGCAAGGAAAGAAUUUGAGAUCUUCUACGAACCAGAAGUUCUCAGAUCAUCUCUUCUCAACGAGAUUGACAUGAGACAUGUCAUCAACGUUUGCACAGAAGCAAUACAAAUCGGAAGAGCAGCUCACAUGAAUUAUUCUCUCAGACCUUUGUAUUCCUUCAUUUUGAGAAUGUGCAGAAGAUUGAGAGAUUCAGCGACAGCAGCCAAAUUCUAUCAGGAAUACAGUGAAGACGAAGUCAAGAUAGAAUCAAACGAUUUCUAUAACAGAAACGGUGGCCCUGAUGGCGUUCACUUCUACAUGAUAGAAGAUAAACAACAUUCACAAAGAACUGUUUACACAUCUAAUUUGCAAAUUGAUGAAUUUGUAACGAUGAUGAAACAGUACUAUCCAAAUCUUAAGAGCUGCCCUUACCACACUGAUAAUUGCACAAGACAAGGAACAUGCAUAAUCGAGAUUGUUCCUUACGAAGAUAUGACAGCUUCCAUUGAACGAAGACACACUUACACAUCGUUCAAAUCUGUCAUAGAAAUAAAGACAAAUGAAUCAGUUAUUUACACGAAACAAGAUGCGAUUGAACUCUUCAUUGAAACAGAAGAGAACUCUCCUCAUUACGCACAAAGUGUCGCUGUAAAGACUGUUACUCCUAAAUCAUCGAAAGCAAAUGAUUACAUCAUUGGAGAAGUCAACAGAGCUCAGAAGAGAAUUGAUGACAUGUCCGAUGAACUUGAAUCAGUUCUUCCUGACAAUGAAAACAAAGUUAACAUCGAAUUCUUUGACAAAGACAUAGAAAGGAUCACGAAUUUGAUCAAGGAGUUCAGCAAGGACUACUACGUAGUUUGGAACUACAUCAAAGACGCAGAAAGAACAUCAAUGAUCAAUUCAUUGAGAAAUUCUUUCCAGAGAUUAAUGAGAGUCUUCGCAAGAUUCAUCAGAAAUGCACCUUCUAAAUUCGAAGAAAAAUGGAAUGAAAUGUUCGAAGAAUCUCGUUCCAAUUUGCAAUCUUUCUUCCAGAGAUUGAAAUGCAUCAUGUUCGAUGUAACAACUUCUGAAUCAGUAAGUUUGGAUCCAAUGAGAGAAUUAGGAUUCACUGAAUACGGUGGAAUUUAA